CCAGAGGCUAGAUGCCUUCUGCGACUCUGACCCUCGAUCAUCGAGGAUCGGCCACCGCGUCUCGGCCGUGCUGGCUCGACCCAACAAGCGGGGCGGCGCUGCUCAUGUCCCAGCCGCCCGCCACCCCACCGCGGGUCCUGCAAGAUGGGGCUCUCGGACCACCCAACCAACAUAUCAUACUGAAGCUUCCUCGCACCUCCGCGAGGGAUGCGCCGCGCUCGCGCAUGGCUGCCGCAGUGGUUCCCGCUGCUCGUCGUGGCGUCCCACAGCCUGGCAGUCGCAAGUGCGGUGCAGGCUCGGGCGCGGGCAAACCCCAUCCGUAAAGUGGUGACGCUUCUGCAGAAAAUGGAGAGGAAGGUCCGGGAGGAGGGCGACAAGCAGCACGAGCUGUUUGACAAGUUCAUGUGCUUCUGCAAGAGCACGGACGGCGGUCUCUCGUCCUCCAUCGCCUCCGCGGAGGAGGGCAUUCCUCAGCUCGAGUCGUAUGCCAAGCAGGCUUCGGCCGAGCGUGAUCAGAUCGCCUCCGACCUCGAGAAGACCAAGUCGGACAUGGCGUCGGCGGAGGCGGCCGUCAAGGAGGCGGACGCCCUGCGGGCGAAGGACGCGCAGGCGUUCGAGAAGGAGUCCGCGGACACGAAGACCAACAUCAAUGCUCUGGGCCAGGCGAUCGACGCCAUCUCCAGCGGCGGGGGCUCCAGCUUCCUGCAGAGCAGCGCGGCCUCGGUCCUGAGGCAGCUCUCGCUGUCCACGAGCAUGAACGGUGACGACAUCGAUCUCCUGCAGGGCUUCCUCGCCGGCGGAGGUUCGCAAAGUCACGAUCCCCAGAGCGGCGAGGUGCUCGGAAUGCUGAAGCAGAUGAAGUCUGACAUGGCCGAGCGUCUGGCUGAGAGCACCUCGGAGGAGGAGCAGGCACGCAGGAGUCACGACAGCCUGGUGGCGGCGAAAAAGAAGGAGGUCAAUGCCGCGUCCAAGGCCGUCGAGGACAAGACUGGACGCCUGGGAAAGCUCGCAGUGGACAUCGUCACGUUGCAGAACCAGCUGGAGUAUACAAAGGAAGGCCUUGCGGAGGACAAGGCCUUCCUCGCGGACAUGCUGAGGUCCUGCAAGCAGAAGCAGGAGGAGUGGGAGCUCUACCAGAAAUUGCAGAGCCAAGAGGUGGUCGCAAUUGCGGAUACGAUCAAGCUCCUGAACGACGACGACGCCCUUGAUCUGUUCAAGAAGAGCCUUCCCACUGCAGGGCUAGCUCAGACGGACGCGCCUGGCUUCCUCCAGGUGCGCGCGGCCCGCGCGCCGCGGAGGGCGAGCGGGCGCGCCGGGGGCCCCAGGCUGAAGCUCGUGGAGAUGGCGCUGAGGGGCAAGAAGGCGGGCAUGGAGCAGAUCGUUGGAAUGAUCGACGACCUCGUGCGGCUGCUCGACGAGGAGCAGUCGGAGGACGACGAGAAGAAGCGCUUCUGCGAGAAGGAGAUCGACCACGUGGAGGACGAGGCGAAGGUGCGCCAGCGGCUCAUUUCCGACAAGGAGACCGUCAUCACCGAGACGAAGGACUCCUUGGAGACGGUCCGGAAGGACAUCGAGAGCCUCGCGGCCAGCAUCCAGAAGCUUGACCUCGACGUGAAGCAGGCCACGCUGCAGCGAAAGGCCGAGCACGCACUCUCCGUCGAGGCGGAGGCAGAGACGGGCAUCGCCAGGCGGGUGCUCGAGCUGGCCAAGCAGAAGCUGACCGCGUUCUACCACAGGAGAGACGACGGCGACUCCGGGGGCCCGGCCGCCGCGUCCGCGGCCUCCUUCGCCCAGCUGAACUCGGACGAGGCGGACGAGGACACGGGCGCGAACGGCGCAGAGACGCGCGCGCAGGGCGCGCAACCGCCCCAGGGUCCCGACCUCUCGUACCGCAAGAGCCACGAGGCGGCCGGCGGGGCCACUCAGAUGAUUGAGAUGCUGCAGAGCGACCUCACUAAGCAGAUAGAGGAGAUCAAGCAGGAGGAGAAGCACGCUCAGGAGGCGUACGAGGAGUUUCUGUUGAGGUGCAAGCGGAAGCGUGCGAUCGACGCGAAAUCGGUCUCCGAGAAAGAGGGCGUCAAGGCCCAGACGGGGGGGAAUUUGGCGGGCAGAGGGCAGGGGGGCUAAUUAAGAUCCGCUGGAACCCGCCACGGAGAGCCAGUCACCUGAUUUCCACAGCCCCCUCAUCACAUGGCGACUGGGUUCCUUGAACGGCUCCCGGCAUUCAGAACUCGUCCGCUGUAGCCCCUUGACCAAGCUCCUCGACCGUCAAGGCGGAGCUGGAGGCCUCCCUGCAGGAAGACACUGUCGCCACCAAGAACGCGCGUUUGAAAAUGCAGUCCACGGUAGAGGAGCUGAGUGGCUUGCACAAGGACUGCGACUGGGUGUUGCAGUACUACGAGGUGCGGAAACAGGCGCGCGUUGAGGAAAGAGAUUCCCUCUUGAAGGCCAAAGCCGUCCUCUCGACCUCGCGCUGAGCGCGGCCUGAGCCCGCAUCGCCCCUUCUGGUCGCACUCCCCCACCUCCUCCUCGUUCUCCUCCCCCUCUGCGUCUGCCUCGUUCGUCUCCCGCUCCCAUGCGUCCUCCUCCCCCUGCCUGGCCUCCGAGAUGGCUGCUCGUGGCCACGGCACGGUCAGUGGCUGGUUGGGGUGCGCGUCGCGGCGGGAAAA